ACUAACCGAACACCCAAACAAACAAACAGGAUAUAAUACAUUGAUUUCUGUUCACGCCCUAUGCUGUCUUGUUCCAAUACGAUAUAGAUAUAACCUAUAUAAUCUAAGCCAAACCCCCAAAAUCACCAGCUGGAAAAAAAUCUCAAUUAGGGUUUUCAGAUAUUCACAAAUUACUUACCAUGGACGCCCAAAGAGCAUUACUUGAUGAACUCAUGGGUUCAGCUAGGAAUUUGACUGAGGAAGAAAGAAGGGGACAUAAAGAAAUAACAUGGGAUGAUAAGGAAGUUUGUGGCUUUUAUAUGGUCAAGUUUUGUCCUCAUGAUCUCUUCGUAAAUACUCGAAGUGAUCUCGGUCCAUGCCCUAAAAUCCAUGAUCCAAAGUUGAAAGAAAGCUUUGAGAACUCGCCAAGGCAUGAUUCCUAUGUGCCAAGAUUUGAAGCUGAGUUGUCCCAUUUCUGCGAAAAGCUGGUCAUGGACUUGGAUAGGAGAGUGAGGCGUGGUCGCGAGCGUCUUGCACAAGAGGUUGAAGUUCCUCCUCCCCCACCUGUGCCAGUUGAAAAAUCUGAGCAACUAUCUGUGCUUGAAGAGAAAAUCAAGAACCUUUUAGAAUCGGUGGAGGCUCUUGGGGAAGCUGGCAAGGUGGAUGAAGCUGAGGCACUUAUGAGAAAGGUGGAUAUGCUUAACAUUGAGAAAACUGCCUUGACCCUACAUCCACAGAAUGACAAAAAUUUAAUGCUUUCCCAAGAAAAGAAGAUGGCACUUUGUGAAACAUGCGGUUCCUUUUUGAUAGCAAAUGAUGCUCUUGAAAGAACUCAAUCUCAUGUGACUGGAAAACAACAUAUCGGUUAUGGCCUCGUGAGAGAUUUCCUUGUGGAGUACAAGGAGGCCAAAGAGAAGGCAAGGGAGAAAGCAGCAGAAGAAAGGAAGCAAAGAGAUCAGGAACUUGAAGGUGGCCGUAGAAGUGGAUCAGCUGAUCGGGACAGGAAUCGUCAUGACCGUCGAGAUCGUAACAACAGAGGCAAUCGUGAUACAGGAAGAGCAUCAGAUCGUAGGUAUAACAAUAACAAUAAUUCUAGAAAUGGAGGUGACAGGAACAGGGAUAGGGAUAGAUACCGUGGACGUGAGCGUAGCAGAUCUCGUUCUCCUACUCGGUCGGGACGAUAGAGAUCAUCCAGAAGUCUAUUUUAGUGAAUUCGGUUGAUAAAUGUCUCUGGGAUUUGAAGUCUGGAAGAGCUUUGUUGAGACUAAUCUUCUAUCAAAUCAAUAUAACUAAAGGAGAACAGAGUUGGAGAACACAGAUUUGAUUUAUGCAAAUUAGUAUUCCUGCUGCUCAAGAUAUCAUGGUUUUCCCACGGACUUAAAUCUUGAAUUCUUUUUGGUUGAAUCCUUAUGAGGAAAGUUGGAUCUCUAGUCCAAGAGUUUUUUAAUGCACAUACUUUCUAUAUGAGCUUUACAAUGAGAUCGAAAUAAAGUUGGGUUGAGAGCUUUGACGAGUACCAACUAGUGAAGGGUGUCAUCUAGGAUUCAAGACAACACAUGUAUCAUCGAGUGGGAUCCAUGUGAGUUUAAACUGCGAAACUGACUAGGUUGGUUUGAUUUGGUUUUGUGAAAACAUUUUUUUUUAGAACGAUAUUCUAAUCUACUCCUACUUUUAUAUUACACGCAUAUCUGAGAUGAAACUUAGGACUUUUGAAAAAUUUCUAUUAAUUCACACCCACAAAUGUGGUAAGUGGGACUUGAACCCAGAUGGAUCUCCCUAAGGUCAAAGACCUUAAUGUUUUAA